AUGACAUUACAAGAUUCUGCUGCGUCUUUUCUUGCAGGUAAUGAAAGAGGAGACAGCUAUUCGUUGCAGACAGAAGAGCAGCACCAGGAACCCCAAACUCUGAAGAUUGAUAGAAAAAGGAGAGAGGCCUGGUGGAGGCGAAAACACGCAGCCAAAGUGGACUCCUUUGCAUAUAGAAUAGCAGGUUUGGGGCGACCCCUGGCGGGUUGGAGAAUGAACAAGAAAGGAGAAGAUGAGAGCAGUACAUUAAUGGCUAUACUGAAGCAGCUUCAUGGUGAGAAGAAGCAACUUUUGGAUCAAGAGAAAGCACUGGGGAAGGAGGAAGAAGAUGAUGAUGAUGAUGACGACGAUGAAGAUGACGAUGAAGAUGACGAUGAUGAUGACGAUGAUGAGGAAGAGGAAGAAGAGGAGGAAGAAGAGGAAGAGGAGGAGGAGGAGGAGGAGGGAGCAGAAGAAGAGAAUAAGGAGGAGAGCAAGGGGAAGGAGCGGGGAGAGGAAGAGGCAAGUCAAGCUACCAGCCACCAGACUGAAUCAACCAGCAGUUCACCGGAGUCUUCCCUUGGUCAGUGUCUGACUGACAAGAGUGAAAUCAGCUGCAGGGAUGUCAGCAUGACUCACCUGCCAAUCAUCUACAACCUGGAGGCCACGAAAUUGGAUGUGGCAGAGAACAACAUCAGAACCAUUCCUCCAGACAUUUUCUCUGGCCUGCCAAACCUAGAAGACCUGGACCUUAGUAAAAACCAACUGGAUGAUGAUUCAUUCAGCCGAAACCCACUGUCUAACUUGACCUCUCUGAAAAAGCUGAACUUAGAUGGGAACCAGCUCACAAUGAUCCCGACUCUGCCUCCGUCUCUUGAAGAACUGAGCGUAAACAGCAACAAGCUCCAAACCCUCUCCUCGCAUUGUUUCACAGGGUUGAUGAACCUGUUGAACCUGGAACUGGAAGGGAACAGUCUCCAUGACAGUGUUGUGUCACCUCAAGCAUUUAAACCCCUCAAGAGACUUCUUCACCUCAAACUGGAGAACAAUAAGUUCCGCUUGCUCCCGCAGGGCCUUCCCCGCUCUCUGCAGACCUUAGAAAUGGAGGAAAAUCUGAUAGAGAAGGUGACGGCAGAGGCACUGAGGGGUUGCAGUCAUUUGAAAAUGCUUGACCUGAGUCACAACCUCCUGAGUAACAAAGGCCUUGCCCAAGAUGUCUGGAACCGCCUGAGAAGACUUGAAGUCUUGGACCUCUCUUCCAAUCAUCUGACAUCUGUCCCCAUAAACCUGCCUCGCCGUCUCCUAAAACUGAACCUGGAACAUAACAACCUCAGUCACAUCCCCCCGCUUACCUUUCGCCACCUGAGACCAGGCCUGCAGUCACUUCGUUUAUCUCACAAUUUCUUGAGGAAUGAGGGGAUUGAGCGGGGGUCUUUUGUUGGAAUGUUCCGCUCGCUUGUUGAGCUCCUGUUGGAUGACAACCAUCUCGGGGAGGUUCCUCAUUGGGUGCGACAGUUUAAAAACUUACAAGUAUUAAGGUUGGACAACAACUAUAUCAGACUGAUGAGGCGGUGGGAACUGUGUCAUCCCCGUAAAUCUGGUUCCACAUUGGCUUCAGUCCACUUAGAAAAUAACCUGUUGGUGCCAGAGAAGAUUCCGACAAAUGCCUUCUCUUGUCUCAAAGACGCGAACGGACUUGUUAUCUAUCCUCAACGGGAGGAUUUUCCGGAAAUGUAG